AGCACGUACCCUUCGGAAACUAACCGCCCCAUUUCCGUCGCUAAAGAUGUCAGGUUUACCAGAAUAUCCGCCAUUUCAUUGUACCCGCCGUAAUGCAGGAGUGUUUGGAUGAAAUCCUUCACCUGACUCAAGCCGUCGAAAUGAUGGUGAGGUCCACCUGGGCCGGGAGCCGGCGCCGGAGCCAGGGAUGGACCCGGCGCCAUCGCAUCGUAGAUUGGAAGCACCGGUGGCGCGCCGACCGGCACAGGUGCCGCGGGUUUCUUCAACCGGUGGGUCCGCGGAUCUACCUCAGGCGCACCCUCGGGCAAAACUGCCGAUAUCGACUGCAGAUUGCGUCUCCGGUUAAAAUCCUCCUGAACCGAACGGGGAAUCAGGAGCUGCUUAAUCCCGUGGAUGACACCGUCGGGUCGGAUCACAUCAUCCGGUCGGACGACCUCAGCAGAAUCCACAGUCUUCUUCCCGGAGCCACCCUUGGUGGUCAAGUGAACACGGUCGUUCCACAAAGUCUGGUGCUUUACCGACCCGGACUUCUCAUCAGGCCAUUCCCGGGAACCAAUUCGUUUAGGAAUAAUGUGGAACAUCAAGAGCGUCUGGAGAGACUUCCUGUUGCCGGGUUCAAGCAAGAAGCGUUUGAACUCCGGGUCAAGGUCCCGCUCCAAAGCUUCAUUUCUGGGUGCAAAAACGGUAAUAUUGUGUUUUCCAACAGCUUCCUCAAGAGUCUGAAGAAGCAAAGCCUUCUCAACGAGUUCCGCCAGUUCCGUAUAAUGGGAGUCAAGCAAAGCAACAAGAACGGAGUUGGAGUUGAUUUGGCCUGAUUUGGGAUACGGGUUUUGCUGCAAUGAGGUGGUAGAAGAGAAGAAGAGGAAUAUGAGUAAGGAGGAGAAGAAGAGCUUGGAGACGCCAUAGAUGUGAGAAUCCAUGGAACCCAAGAGGGGAAAUGCUGGAACACUGAAAGAGAAGCAAGAGCAAGAAUUUUAGUUUGGAU